AUGUUGGCUAGUAAAUUAGUGUCGAGAAAUUUUGUGAAAGCUGGGGGUUUCAAUGGGAAGAGACCUUUGCUGUACGUUAAUAAUUACAAGAGGUUGUUACAUACUACGAAACCAUUGUUCAAUGCAGAUGAAACUUUUAAAGAUCCUUAUAAGACGUUGGGGGUAUCGAGAGAUGCCUCGCCAUCUGAUAUUAAGAGAGCUUAUUAUAAGUUAGCUAAGAAAUAUCACCCAGAUAUUAAUAAAGAACCAGGUGCUGAUAAGACGUUCCACAAUUUACAAAAUGCCUAUGAGAUUCUGUCGGAUGAGAAGAAGAAGUUACAAUAUGACCAAUAUGGAUCUUCUGCAUUCGAUCAGAAUGGUAAUGCAAAUGGUGCUGGUGGGUUUAAUCCAUUUGGUGGUGGUGCUAGUGCUAGUGGAUUUGCUGAUUUUGGUGGAUUGAAUUUUGAAGAUUUAUUCGGCGCAGCUUUUGGAAGAUCGGGUUUCCGUAACGGUGGAGAUGCAGGUGGAUUUAAUGGACGUGCGAAUAUAGUGAGAGAGUAUCAAGGUGACUCGAUAGAAAUACAACAUGUUGUUUCUUUCAAAGAUGCAGUGUUUGGACUGAAUAAUGUGAGCUUAAAGUAUAAAAGUUUGGAUCCAUGCGGUACUUGCCAUGGUUCAGGUUUGAAGAAUGGUGAACAACAUAAGAGAAAGACGUGUUCGUAUUGUAAUGGUACCGGUACACAAGUACACGUCAAAUCAGGAUUCCAAAUGGCCUCCACUUGUAUGCAUUGUCAUGGGGAAGGUACAACAAUCGCUCGGGAAGAUACUUGUUCUGCAUGUGACGGUGAUGGUGUUAAGAUUAAUUCAAAGAAGUCCUUAAACGUGAAUUUCCCAUCGGGUUUAUCCGAUGGUGAUGUGAUACGUAUACCAGGUGAAGGUUCUUAUCCGAACAUCGCUGUUGGUGAAAACGAUAAAAGCAUUAAAUUGUCAAGAGGUGAUUUACUAGUGAGAAUCCGUGUCAAAUCUGAUCCAAAAUUCUUUGUAAAGAACAAAUACGAUAUUUGGACAAUAAAAGAGAUUCCAAUAACAACAGCUGCAUUAGGCGGUACUGUUGAGAUUGAAACUGUCGAUGGCAAGAACAUUAGGCUGAAAGUGAUAUCCGGUACGCAACACGAUCAAGUAACUUCCAUUCCAAACAUGGGUAUACCAUAUAGAAAUGGUACCGGUCGUGGUAAUAUGAAUGUACAAUACAAAAUAGUGAUAAAGAAACCACAAAGUAACAUUGAAAGAUGUUUAUGGGAAGGCCUGGCCGAUGUCACAAAUGACAAAAUGGCAAAAAGGACCAUUGUCAACGGCUCUGGUUCUAUCAUGGACCAAGCAAGUACUGUUGGAACUAGUUCAGAGAAUGACUUGAAUUCUUUGAAAAGAAUAGAAAAAUUCAUCAAAGAUGCAUUCAAGAAGUUUAAAGGCGACAAUAAAUAA